GAGUGAUUGAGGAAUGUGGAAAGUUAACUGGUACUCGUCAUAAUCUAAGAAAAAGGAAGAAUAUAAAUUAUAAUGAAACGCAGAUGGCUAAAAAAAUUAUGAUGAAUGUGGAAAGUCAAUCCACUCAGCCUGCCCGAUUUGCAAGUGAAGAAGUGGCUAUCUAUGAUCUUGAUGAUACGAGUAGAACAGACUCGGAAGAUGCUGGGCAAACCAGCUCUUCAAAGGCACGUUUAACUCAAUGA